GUUAGGACUUGUUGCAAAGCUUAGUACAGCUUAGGCAUUCUGGACAUACGGUCACAAUUUACAUUGGUAACUACGUCACUAUAAAAAUGAAGUGUUUUUGUGUGUUUUUAAUUGUGUUCGCCAUUUUGGAUGGAAGUUUUUGCAAAUUGAACACUUUAACCAACUCAAAACUACAGAACAAGGCAUCAAUAAAGUACUACACAAAACAGACGGACAUAACAAUACCAGUAAUGAUGCAUUUAGACAAAGCAUUAACAAGAACACUAUCAAAAGAAUCAAAGCACAAAAUAAGAGAAAAGUUCAAACUACUGGCAAUAGACAUAUUAAGAGACGUGGAAGAAUUAUUUUCACAUCCAAACCUACAGCAGAAGGUAAAGAUGGAAUUAAUAGACGUAAAGAUCCUAAAGAACAAUACUAAGAAGGUUGUGAUGGAUGAAAAUGUUUCGAAAUAUCUGAAGAGCUAUUGUAGAUGGCAAGGGGAGAAGAAGCUAGCCAAGCAGAAGUGGUUCUAUUCUGUGCUGUUUACUGGAUUGGAUCUGUUCUACUUAGAUCAGUACGGAUCUGAAGUUAGGAGUAGUACAGGUCGAGGCUACAUGAAGAGUAUGUGCAGCAUCAGAAACAGCUGCACCCUGCUGGAGUGGCAUCCUAAGCAUAUCGCCUACGUACUUACACAUGAAAUAGCACACAGUUUGGGUAUAUCCCACGAUGGGCCGCCCCACAACGAGUGUAGAGGCCAAAGAUACAUCAUGGAUGCCAAGUACAACCCCAAGAACCCAGCGAAAACCUGGUCAUCUUGCAACAAGAGGGAACUGAACCAGUAUUUGAAAAGCAAAAAGGCAUGGUGUCUAAGGCGGGAACCAAACACAAUAUAACUAAUACAACAACAAGACUAAUAAGUAUUAAUUUAUGUGUAACAAAUACUAAUAAAAAGUCUAGGAGGAAUGGUUAGUAAACCAAUGGAAGAAACUUGUGUUAUUGAUGCGCCUAUUAAAAUUAUUUGAGCAACUCUCAAAGAGAAAUGUUGCUCUUUAAAUUAUGUAGGAACUAUGAGUCAUUUUUGCCGAUCGAGGCUUUAUGUCAUUUUAAUUAGAAAGAUAGUAAUUAAGCAAGAAAGUAUUGACUGAUUUUAACAUAAAUAAACUUUUAAA